UCUCUUUUUCACGUCAUGGAUUCCUCCAAGAUUUCCGCCCUCCUCCUCCUCCUCCUCCUCUCCCUCUCCUCCGCCGCCCCCAUCCUCGACCCCCAAUGCGGCUACUGCUCCCAUCCCCGCCCCCGCCCCCGCCCCAAACCCCCCACCGUAAAACCCCCCAUCCACCUACCCCCCACCGUAAAACCUCCCAUCAACCUACCCCCCAUCCACCUACCCCCCACCGUAAAACCCCCCAUCAACCUACCCCCCGCCGUGCCCGUGCCCGUGCCCGUGCCCAUGCCGCCGGUGAAGGGGAAGGGGUGCCCGCCCCCCGCCCCCUCGCCCCCGUCAUGCCCCAUCGACACGCUGAAGUUGGGUGCAUGCGUGGACCUUCUUGGGGGGCUGAUCCACAUAGGGUUGGGCGACCCCGCGGCGAACGAGUGCUGCCCGUUGAUCGCGGGGCUGGUGGAGAUCGAGGCGGCGGUGUGUUUGUGCACUACGCUUAAGAUUAAGGCUCUCAACCUUAACCUUUAUAUCCCUCUUGCUCUGCAGCUCCUCCUCACCUGCGGCAAGACGCCGCCCCCCGGCUACACUUGCUCCCUCUAAAUUCACCUCAUUUCAUCUCCUAUUUUACUAUGAUUGUAGCAAGAUGUAUCAAAAUUGGAAUCGACAUGAGGGGAUGUCGAGUUAUGAGUUAACUUAAUUUAGCUAUUGUUGCGAUCUUUCAAAAUUUUCCCAUUGUUCAACGCGUACGCCUUCUCAUUGGAAAUUGAUCCACAUAAUCAAUGUGUUCGACAAGGAAUUAGAAAUUAAUUACAAGAUUAUUGAUA